AUGACGGAUAUAAUUACUAGAAGCAAUUAUGAAGGGAAACAAGAUGAAAAGGAUAAAGAAAUCAAGGAUCUUUUCCAAAUAGGAAAAAAAAGGAAAAAAAAUGAGAAAAACCCUGCUGAAAUACCUUUAUCAGUCAUGAACGUCAUGAUUGAGUUUAAAGUUGCUGCUCAGGAAGAUGCUGAUCUUAAUAGACAGGGAAAACCUGCCAUUAAGAAGCUUAAGAAGUUAUAUUUUUCUACCAACGUCCUUUUAGAGAAACAACAAGAGUUUUUAGAUCAUGGAUUGCUAACUGUAUUAAAGAAUUGGCUUGAACCACUUCCCGAUGGAAGCUUGCCAAAUCUAACUUUACGCACAAAAAUUUUGAAGAUUUUGAAUGAUAUAGACCUAGAGCACCAUGAUAGAAGGAAACAUCUAAAGAAUAGUGGCAUUGGAAAUGCAGUCAUGUUUUUAUCACAAUCCGAUGAAGAAAUUAUUGCAAACAGAAAACUAGCCAAUGAACUCAUUUACAAGUGGUGUCGAUCCUUAUAUCAUAACAAAAAUACAACUUCGUUUAAAAGAUCAGAAAUUAGAACACAAGUGAAGAAUGGUCUCUCAAUUCAGCAACGCAUAAAUACUAAAUGGCAGAAGUUAAAGACAUCUAGAAAGGAGCAGUUUCAACAUGCAAGACUCAGGAUAAAUAAUACUUAA